GCCUCUCCUCCUCUUCCUCAGGCGGGGGAGUUACUGAGAGAGGGGCGGUUACCGGACGCGACUGUUGGUGUUGGGAUUGCUGAAGGGUGCCUAAGAUGGCGGCGGGUGGUGGGGAGGGUGCGCGGCCCGCGGUGUGAUCCUCGCCUCUUCAGCCGACGGCAUCUGUUGAGUGCCGAGGGGUGCCGCAGUUUUUGCUUCCCCCGCCCCCCCCGCCCAGGUUUUCUCCAUUUUUUUUUUUUUUCCCCUCUACAUACUACUGUUCUCUUCUAUAUUGCAAACCUAUUGCUGUCAGACCUCCCUAUCAGUUCCGGAGGUUUUCUUUAUCGUUGCUGCGAACCUUUAAACGGUAGUGAAAUAUUAAGCCUUGGUUUAAUAUUUGUAGAAUUGCCGGAGAGAACUUGCAGUGGUCUUGGAAGUGAUUGGUCUGUGCCCUUUAUGUGAGGAAAUUGAGGUGAGCUGUUCAUUGAGAAAGCUAGGCUGGAGGACCAAUAAAGUAGCCCGAUUACAGUCUGUCCCACAUGCAGGCUCAGCUUAGGCUGUUUUGUAGGGUUGCAGGUCAGGCCACUUCCUUCUCCAACAAAAGUUGAGAGUUCUGUGAUGCUAUUGAUAAAAUAUUCCUGAAACAGACCAGUACAGUACAUGUUAAUAGAAGAGCUGGAAAAAAAUGUUACUAGAUAUUUUUGGGCCCUCCUAGGCUCUAUUUGGCUAUUAGGUUUGUGGCAAGAUUUGGCCGAUGCUCCUACCUACCCUGAGCAUCCCACUGCAUGAGUGGCUUUGUCAUGAUAAAUUGCGGUCUGUGGGCCACUUCAACAAAAGACUGGGUAUUGCAGGUGCUGGCUAUGAAGCAACUUUAAAGACCUGGGAUUUUCAACUUUGGAAGAUCAGCUAUAUAAUUAAUACACAGGAUGGCUUUGUGACUGCCUGUAAAGGAUGAAGGAGUCAAAGAUCAGUUUGUAGAGUUUGGUUCAUUGAUAAAGCUGACUGUUCAUCUCAUCUUUUUCAGAGAUACUUAAUGUUGAACCUCUGUCACCUCUGUGUCAAGAAGAAUGUAUGUUGGUCAACAAUAUCAAUUAUUGCAAAUAGGAAAAUGAAUUUUGCCUCUUCUCUGCAGACUGAGAUAAUGGAUUUCAUAUCAGUACCUUAAUCUGACUUUUAUUUGAACUUGGACUAGAAUACCAGCUUAAAUUUAAUUUUCUAGCUAGCUUAUUUUUCAGCUUGCUGAUGAAUUACAAGAUGCUUGGCAGGAAUAGAAAGAUCCAAGAGUCAUCACUGCUUUGCAGCUCUCUGAGGAGCACCAGCUCUAAGACAGGAGGAAGACCUGAACCUGCUAAGCAGUCACUUAAGAAACCGAAGUUACCAGUAGGUCGAUUUGAUGAACCAGAGGAGUCCAGUAUAGAGAGGGAACCCCUGGAAAAAUUCCCUGAUGGAAUCAAUCCUGCUACAAAAGAGAGGGGUGGACCUAAAGGCCCUGAACCUACACGUUUUGGAGACUGGGAGAGAAAAGGACGUUGUAUAGAUUUUUAAUAUAUAAAAUAUCUGUGUCCCUAAUAAAAUAUUUCUGGCUGUUGAAAAUGUACAGAAAAAUUCCCGCUGGAUUUGCUGUGAAGCUUCUUGUUUCUGUCGUGCUUGUGAUGAAUUUUCUGAGAGAUACUGUGUAAAUAAACAUGAUGCUGCAACUCAA